GCCCCAAAAUAACUCCCAUGGAUAAAAUCGACGAAAUGUCGCAUGCGUACACCUUGGGUGACCCUUAUGUGGUGUCUGUUGAGGAUAUUGAUGACGAGGCCGAACAAUUAGCUGCCGAAAACACAGACGAUUCGAAUCACGGAGAAAAAGGGGGGGCGCCCCUUAGGGAACAAGACCGAUUUCUCCCCAUUGCAAAUGUUGCGAAAAUAAUGAAAAAAGCCAUUCCCGAUUCUGGUAAAGUCAAUAACAAGAUUGCAAAAGACGCUAGAGAGUGUGUUCAAGAAUGCGUUUCGGAAUUCAUCAGUUUCAUCACCAGUGAGGCAAGCGACCGAUGCCAUUUGGAGAAAAGGAAAACCAUUAAUGGGGAAGAUAUUCUGUUUGCCAUGAGCAGUUUGGGGUUCGACAACUAUGUGGAACCGCUCAAACUCUACUUGCAGAAGUACCGAGAGGCAGUGAAAGUUGACAAAAACCUCCAUCAGGGAUACGAGGAAUUAGAAAUCGAAGGCUUCAAUUCCACCGCAAUUGCCACCGCGCCUGCCAAUGUUGAGGGCACAGUUAUUUACACCGUGCAGAAUAGCUCCGGACAACAGUUCCAAUUAGGAUAAGAUUUUCACGUUUCGCUCACGAACGCCUCUGUUGUGUUCAUGUGAAAAUUGUAUGACUUGUCUGGUGAGACGCUCCCGGCAACUAUCAAUGCACCUUUUGGUAAUAAGCAGUCGGUUUCA